AUAUCCAUUCGACAAACAGUAGCGAUUAAAAUACUAUAGCUAUUUCGAAAAAUUAAUUUAAUUAAUUAAUUUUGGUGUCAAUUUGUUUUUUGAUUUCGUAAUUUUGUUUUUUUUUCAUUGGAUAUAUCAUAAUGAUGUCAAAGAAACUUAUAUUUUUAUUGAUUCUUGUUAGCUAUUUAACAGUAAUUUCUGGAAAACGGCGUGGUAAGAGUAGACUUUUUACACAUGGUCAAAGGCCUCAUUUAAGGUUUCCUGGAUUUUCAAGGUCUAACAGUUUUUCUGGAAGGAUCCAAGAUGAAAAUAAAAACGAUGGUUUUAAUUAUAAUCCUAGAUCUCAAAAGUCUUUUUCGAGAACGAUCCAAGAUGAAAAUAAAAACCAUGGUCGGAGCUAUAGCUCCAAUGUAUAUAGCCAAGAUACUGACUUUCAGAGGUUCAAGAAUAAAACAAAAGCGUUUGGUAAUAAGAUUGCCGGGGUAGGCAUUGCAUUAUCGGAUGGAUUAAUACGUGGGAGCAAUACAUUGUCUGCUGCUGAUAAUAUUGCAACUUUUGGACAGAAAUAUGGAGUAUGGAAUAUACCACCACUACACAGAUAUGAUGCACUAUUAAAUGAAAUGCGCGAGAUGGAUUUCAGGGAUAAAGAGCGUCAUGAGCCAUCUUCCGAUAAAAAUCCGAACACAGCAGAAGAAAACAACAAUAAUAUAACUACAAGCACACAAACUCCUGAAAAAGAUCAGAAUGGGAAAGCAUAAGAAAUAUAAUUAAUCUACUAAAAAAUGUAUCGAUGACGCCAGAGAAUGUAAACAUUCUGAUGGAAUUGUUGCAAAAUUAUAUGCAGAAGUAAAAUAGUGUCUAAUUAUACAAAAUUAUGUACAAAAUAAUCUGCUGAUAAUGCUAAAAAUUGUUACAAUGCUAUAAAAUAAUUUACUGAUGAUUAUAAAUAAGUUACUGAUGAUGCAAAAUAAUGUUCGUAUGAUGAAAAAUAAUUAAGUGUGGAAGUAAUACAAUAUGGGGACUCCACAAACUAUUGUGUCGAUUAUACAAAGUAAAUGAAUAACAUAAAUAAAAUUGGCAAUGUUGUACAGCGCCAUCUCCUUUGUAUUGUUGGCACUAAACAAUUGAGAAACAUACUUAGUAAUUCAUCUGAGGACAUACUUAUGAUCAUUAUAUUUUUAAUAUCUUUACAUUUUUUUUUUAAUAAUAAUAAUUUUAUUUUCUAUGAUUUUGGGUAUAAAACAUUUGCUCUUAUAAAUUAAAAGUAUCUUACAAAAUCGAGCUUGCAAAUAUUAAAAACAAAAAUUAGAAUAAUUUUAAAAUUGUUUGUAGCAUUUAAACAUUACGAAAUUAUAUAAUAAUAAAAUAACAUUAUAUAAAAUAACAAGGAAUGUAAUACAAUUUAUUUUAUUCAGUCAAUUAGUUUAAUUAGUGAAAAUAAAUAUUGGAUAUCAAAUGGUCAACAGUAAAAAUGAGAUGUACUAAUAAAAAUAAAAAGUAUUAAAUAUAACGAUAAUACGUACAAAUCUCCACCAUUUUAAUCCAACAUGAAAUCCUUAACAUAGUAAUAACACGAUUCAAUUAGCCAUUCAUGCAUUUUUUUAAAAUGGUAUUCCAGAGAGGGUUCUUAAAUUAUCUGAAAGAUUAUUUAAAAUUCUCGCCGUCAUAUUAUAUGGACUUUUUUGCGUCAACGUUAAUUUUAUUUUGGGUAAUUUUAUUUUAUUUAGGGGUCUGUUACGUAUUUUUUUUUGCAAUUAUGCUAACAAUUACUUAUAAUAAAUCAAUGUUUAUGUUGUGACAUAAAUACGUUUGUAGGUAACACCUUAAUAUUAUUCUUAUCUAUAAACAUACGUAAAAUUUAUAUUUUUAUGUACAUAUAUAAUAUAUAGUUUUAGUAACAUUUUAUUGUAAUAGUUAAAGUAUUUGACAAAUAUAUAUUCUUAGCAACUGUAA